CCAAUCGGAAAGCGGGACGGGAGAAUCUUUAUCACUUCAGAUGUAUCCAACGUGGGGAGAAAGAACGUUCGCAUAAAAAGAAAGUAGAGUCUGGUAGGGUAAAAAAACAAGCGGUGGAAACGAUAAGAAGUGCGAGGCGAAUCUGUGAAUUAUCGGAUCGCGGGAGUUUUCGGACCGUGCAAGGAGAUCGAGAUAUAAAGCUCCUCAAUACUUAAAUAAUACUAGAGCCGCAAAGUUCACAACAGUCGGACGGAUAUACUGGAAGUGUUUCGCGUUAAACGCGGUUUAUCACCAUUUACCUACGUGAUCCAAAAGAAUCAACUCGCAGUUCUGGAACUUGCUAUCAAGUCUGUGAAGACGCGAGAACCUUGAAGUUUGGGUUUCUUUUCAAGAGGAAAAGUUUGUUUUAAGCGCCGAUGAUACCAGACUUUCUUCCAGCGCGUACUUAUGGAGUUAAUGGACACGAUAUCCAAUGUUUUUACCCUUUAUAACCACGAAACACCCGGGAGCAACACAUCGCAAGAACUUCAGAAACAGCGCUGACGAUUUAAAACUAAGUUACUCAAACUAACUUACGUUUGAGCUAGCGGACCUCUCUUGCCAAAACAAAGCGCAUAUUCCCCAUCCAGACCCUCUUUUCAACCUUUUAAGGCGAACUGCUCGCAACUUGCAUUUAGUUUCGGCGUCUGGACAACUUUCUUGUAUUGCCUUGUCGUGAUUCACCUUUGAUUUAUUUGUGUGUGGCAGCGGCGGAGAUACAAUUUUACUGUGAACUGUUUUCAAGUCCAGGACUCAUGCAUUGGCCAAAACCAACGCAAUAUAAUGUAAUAUUACCGUUGUGUAAACAAACAACUUAAUGAACGCGAUUUUCUUGAACUCUAAGGAACACAAUAACCUCAAUCUGUCCGUUUGCGGUUGAGAGAAACCGGUCGUUAAGCGCUGAGACGGCUGGAUACAAAAUGGCGGCGUGGCUGGGACGGAUGGGAUCACUUUCAUACUAUGUGUUUUAUUGGGUUUUAACGCUGGAACUGUUAAUCAAUUAUGGCUCGAGCUCGGACGCACCGUGUCCUCAAAACUGUACGUGUACGAUAGACACAACCGACUGCAGUAACCUGGACAUGACAGAUGUCCCACGAGACUUGCCUAAGAGGACUGUGCAUUUAAAUCUGAGCCACAACAAGCUGGCGGCAGUCGAUACGGACAUCCUCUCCAAUCUGCCCAACCUCAGAGAAGUGAGGCUUGACCACAAUGAGCUGACAUCUAUCCCUUCAUUCGGAGACGCCGCGGCAACAAUCGUUACACUCUACAUGCAUCAUAAUAAAAUCCGAAGACUUGAAGGGAGCCUGUUGCAAAACUUUUCUGCUUUGGAGACUCUAGAUCUGAGUCACAACGACAUCACCGAGCUAAAAGACUACUGCUUCCCUCCAGGGUUACGAAUCAAAGAUCUGUACCUGAACAAUAAUAAGAUUGUUUACCUGGAGUUCGGGGCGUUUAGGAACCUAGCCGGGAGCUUGCAAGUCCUCAGAUUGAGUCGGAAUCUACUGACACACCUUCCUGUUAAAGGACUAGAGCUGCCCAAGCUCACACAGCUGGAGCUGAGCAGGAACAGGUUGCGGUCGAUCGAGGGACUCACCUUCCAGGGUUUGAACAGUUUAGAGGUUCUCAAGCUUCAGAGGAACAACAUCAGCAAGCUAACGGACGGGGCGUUCUUCGGUCUGGGCCAAAUGAGGGUUCUGCACCUGGACUUCAACAGUUUGCGGGAGGUGAACAGCGGAUCUCUCUACGGCCUGAAGUCACUCCUGCAACUCUACCUCUCCAACAACACCAUCUCUUACUUCAACCCUGAGGGCUGGGGCUUCUGCGAGAAACUCCGAGAACUGAACCUGUCUUAUAACAACCUGACAAAACUGUCUGAGAAUAGUUUUGCCAAGCUGGUGAACCUGAUCUCGCUACGUUUGGGACACAAUUCCAUCAGUCACAUCACAGAGGGAGCAUUCAGAGGCCUUAACUCCCUGCGCACGCUGGAACUCGAUCACAAUGACAUCUCUGGGACUAUAGAGGACACCAAUGGAGCAUUCGCUGGCCUUGAAAACCUCAACAAACUAACUCUGUUUGGAAACAAGAUCAAGUCGGUGGCCAAGAAAGCCUUCACGGGUCUGGAGUCUCUAGAGCACCUGAACCUGGGGGAAAAUGCCAUUCGCUCCAUCCAACCCGAGGCAUUCAGCAAGAUGAAGAAGUUGCACUACCUUCAUAUUCAGAGUGAUAGUUUUCUGUGCGACUGCCAGCUGCACUGGUUUCCGGAGUGGCUGAUGACACGAGGGCUUCAGUCUGCCGUUCAGGCCACAUGUGCCCAUCCAGAGAGCUUAAAGGGCACCAGCAUCUACCAGGCACCACCACAGAGCUUUGUUUGCGACGACCUUCCAAAACCUCAGAUCACAGUUCACCCUGUUAACACGGCAGCAGUUUUGGGGAAAGACGUGCGUCUCACCUGCACGGCUGCAAGCAGCAGUAGCUCGCCUAUGACCUUCACCUGGCGCAAGGACCAGGAGACGUUACGUCAAGCCGAGGUAGAGAACUUCGCCCACGUGAGGGCCAGUGACGGAGGAGUGAUGGAGUACACCACCAUCCUUCACCUUCGGCACAUCACCUUCAAUCAUGAGGGGCGCUAUCAGUGCAUCAUCAGUAACCACUUUGGCCCCUCCUACUCUAACAAGGCCCGCAUCACUGUCAACGUGCUGCCUUCAUUCGUGAAGACCCCGCGUGACAUCACCGUCCGCACAGGCACGAAGGCGCGGUUGGAGUGCGCUGCGGAGGGACACCCGACCCCGCAGGUGGCGUGGCAGAAAGAUGGUGGUACGGAUUUCCCCGCCGCUCGAGAGCGCCGCAUGCGCGUGAUGCCUGACGAUGACGUUUUCUUCAUAAUGGACGUUAAGCCUGAGGAUAUGGGCAUGUACAGCUGCACGGCCAAAAACACGGCCGGUAUGAUCUCCGCUAACGUCACCUUGACGGUUCUAGAAACCCCUCACUUGGCGCAAGAAAUGGAAGAUCGUAACGUGGUGAUGGGCGAGACGGUCGCACUGCAGUGCAAGGCUUUAGGCAGCCCACCUCCUCGAAUCACCUGGCUGAAGGGGGAUGAGCCACUUCAACCCAGCGACCGUCACCACUUCACUCCUGGAAACCAGCUCCUGGUGAUCCGCGGCACCACCUUAGAAGACGCAGGACGUUACACGUGCGUCAUGUCCAACACGCUCGGCACGGAGCGCGCUCACUGCCAGCUAAACAUCUACCAGCGCAUUGAAGAAGAAUGUGCACCCUUCUCCAGCCCCAGCACUGUUACCGUGGGGAUCAUCGUUAUCGCUGUGGUGACCAGCAUUGUGGUGACAUCACUGGUGUGGGUGUGUAUUAUUUACCAGACGAGGAAGAAGAGUGAGGAGUGCAGCGUUAACACAGAUGAGACUAUCGUCCCUCCUGAUGUCCCAAGUUACUUGUCCUCGCAGGGCACUUUAUCAGAGAGGCAGGACGUGUGUAUACGAGUGGAGUCUAAUGGUGGAUCUCAAUCUAAUGGACGCAUUGAGAAUAAUGGUUAUGAUGGUCCAGUCAUGUGCACAGACUGCUUGGAAAAUGGCACCAACUAUUCCAAACACUGUAACUACUUCGCUCACGAGAUAGCGCCCCCUUCAGGUCUGGAGUAUCAGCAGACGCACCAACCGGCAAUUUUCUCCAGUCAAAAUGGCGAAGUGCACUGCAACGGCACACCCAACGGAGUGAGGAAAGAUAGCCAAACGCCAAUCUUUCCCACCAACCACGACAGGGUGACGAUAACACCCGCAUCACACCAGUACAAUGAACAUAAAGGAUUGUUGGUGAAUAGGUCAGACACACCUCCCUCACUUGAAGAGGAAUACCAUCGGCCAGUAAAGCUCUUGCCCGGUGGAGAGUUUGACCUCGGGUCUGAACUCGCACAGACUCUGUUACCCAAUGGGCACGCGUACACGACAGAUCCCGCCCUGAGCAAAUGCGAACCCUUAAGGGCGGGCCUGUGACUAACACCGCACCUCGUUUUUUGAAUCUUUUUUUUGCACUGAGAACUGCUACCUCAUACUGAGGGGCACACACAAAGCUGACCCCAUUUAUCUGAAUGCAGAACGGGGCGUCCGGAGUUUGAAGGCAAAGCUUAAAUGGGACGAUGACGUCCCAUAUGAGCGUUAAAGUUGUAUAUAGAUAUAAAUCCUCCUCAGGGAGGCGUCUUUCACUCUUCAGAAAUGUGACCUGCAUUUGACGCAUGCAAAUGUAUGAGAGUGCCAUAACAUUGGGCUUUGAACUGUACAUAAGAGUUUUCAUAUAGAAAUAUAUAUGAAUGUAUGUAUUCUAUAACUUUUACAAAAGAGUGCUGAACUCUGUUUGGUGCAUGGUCAGAACAGAGUGGUUAUAUUUUAUUUUCUGAAUUUCCCAGUUUUAUAAGCAGUGCCUUAUUGCAAGAUCAAAGUAUCCACAAGAUCUUGUGGGAGAGCAGAACAUGGGUGAUCUGUACAUCUGUCUGUGCACUUCACUUUUUCACAGAAAGUUUUUCGUGCACUUGACAUUUAGACAAACUCAAUAUUCACAAUACAUAGACUUUAGCGAAAACUGACAGGAUCUGUGUGUUACCACAAAAAAUAAGACUGCUGGUACAAGAAAUGUUUGUUCAGAAAUGCACGUACAAUGAGUCCAUGGAUGGCAUUGUGAAACAUUGCAAAAACGUUUUCUCAGUCAAUUUAAUCUUUUACAGUAAAACCAUUUUAACAUCCUUUAAACAAGUGUGUUUGAUAGCAAGACUUGUUUUGAAAGAAUGUAUUUUGAUUUGAAGUUUAUUUUUCUCAAAUCACGGGCGAAUAAUAUUUUCUUGUUAAAAGCAUAAACCUGUGAGAAAAAAAUUAACUCAAUUCAAGAUAGAGUCCCUGUAGUUGCUGCCAAAUUAGAUUACGUUUUCAAAUAUUUACAAACAAAUAUUUCAGUAUUUUUACUGGAAAUACUGGAUAAACAACUGAUUUGGAGAUAUCAGGUAGACUAUUGAAAGUGCAUGACUGUGUUCAUUAUUCUCUCUUGAUUUGAAUUGUAUUUCACGUGAAAUACAGCCAAGAAUUUGUGUUUUUGGUCUGAUGACAGAGGAGCAUUGCAUUGAAUUUUUCAACUCCAUUAUGGUACAAAUACACACAAAUAUUGGCAUAAAAGAAGCACUUUGAGACUAAUAAUGAGGCAUAUGUUGACCAGUAUGUAGAAUCCGUUUGUCUCUCCAUUAACAAUAAAACAUGCCAUCUAAAGCUGCUGCAUUCACCUGUGAUACCUGUGAUGUUUAAGUCAACUUUAAUCUUUUUGAUUGCCUUUUAUAACACAUUUUGGGAAAUAACAAAUCAAUGUGAAUAUCAUCCAAACAUAAUAUCUAGUGUUUUGUUCUAAAAGUGACUUCUAGCUGAAGGGAAACUAAAGGGAAAGAGCAGAUCUCUAAAUAACUGGUUUAACGGGACAAGCACAGAAUGUUUUGAUGUAAAGGGAAUAAGCUAUAUUUCUUUUUUAUAACACCUUACCAGCCGAUCUUUCAUUGUUUUUGGUGAAGACUUCAGUAGCUAAUGCUAUAUACGGUCUUUAUUAGUUAGUCUAAACCAAAUAACCGGUUCUUGUCGACAGCCAAGGUUUGUAUUUCUAGGACAAAUAGUGAAACAUCUCUACUAACCUAGGGUAAAGUUGGAUUACUGUAAUUGUCAAGAAAAGGUUGACAUGAUACCUGAAUACUGAAACUGUUGUAUUGACUGCAGUAGUUUUGUGAUUGGCUGUCUGAUUGUGUAAUCCAGCUCUGUGAAGAAACCCUGUUAGCUCACACACGUGUGUGGUCAUACUCUUUCAGAUCAUUUAAUUUAUUGAACUGAACUCUAAUCACAGCUGUACACCCACAUUGCUAAAACUGUUGAAGUGUCAAAAAUGAUAAGUGUUUAUUAAAGUCACAUGAUUUCUUUU